AUGAGCGCGAUCUUGUCGGCAGACGAUUUGAAUGAUUUCAUUUCGCCCGGGGUCGCGUGUAUUAAGCCAGUGGAAAAUCUUCCCCAAAAGAGCCCAAAGGAUGCCGAAAAUCCGUACGAAGUUACAACAGAGGACAAAGUCGAGCCUGAGAACCUUCCCCCGGCGCAGAUUUCCUUGACAGACUGCCUUGCAUGCUCAGGUUGCGUGACAUCCGCGGAGGCUGUCUUGAUCUCCUUGCAAUCCCAUACGGAGGUCCUCAACACCCUCGAUGCUCACCCAGAGAUUCCUGUGGCACACAAGCACCAUGGGAAAACGGCAGGGAAUGCCGGAAAUACCGAAGAGGGCAUGAUAUUUGUUGCCAGUGUCAGCCCACAGGUCAGAGCCAGUCUAGCGGCAACUUAUGGUAUCUCGGAGAAAGAAGCGGGGUACAUGAUCGAUCAGUUCCUAACCGGCCCGCAGGGGCUGCGAAGUGGCGGAAAAUAUGGCAGUGGCUUCACGUGGGUGGUUGACACAAAUGUCAUGCGCGAGGCCGUUCUUGUUCUCACCGCCGAUGAAGUUUCCGAGUCGCUCGGCUCGGGUUCUGCUGGAAACGGUCCAUCUGGUGCCGAGUAUCCCCUUCCAAAGCGGCCGAUCCUAUCAUCUGCGUGCCCUGGAUGGAUUUGCUAUGCUGAAAAGACACAUCCCUUUGUGCUGCCACAUCUAUCUCGCCUCAAGUCCCCGCAAGCCCUGUCCGGAACAUUCCUUAAAACUAUCCUAAGCAAAUCUCUUGGAAUUCCUGCAUCUCGCAUCUGGCACUUGGCUCUCAUGCCAUGUUUCGACAAGAAGCUUGAAGCUAGUCGAGAGGAGCUUACUGAUGUUUCAUGGCAACAGGGUGAUCUCCAGAAGGGCUCUGAGUCACACCAACCCGUUCGUGAUGUGGAUUGUGUCAUCACAACACGCGAACUGCUUUCCCUAGCCGCUGCUCGGGGAUUCUCGUUACAGAGCCUUCCUCUGCAGCCUCUGCCGUCCGCAUUUACUCCGUCUUUCCCAGAAAAGACUCUCGAUUCCUUUAUCUCCUUCAAGCCGCCCCCUACUCAGCAAUCUUUGGAAACUGGUACUUCUGGAGGCUACUUGCACCAAGUGCUCAUGGCCUUCCAAGCUCGCAAUCCGGGUAGCCAGCUUGUGACAAAUCGCGGGCGCAAUGCUGAUGUCGUCGAGUACGUCCUCAUAUCUCCAGAGGGACAGCCUAUCAUGAAGGCAGCGCGAUACUACGGCUUCCGAAACAUCCAGAACCUUGUUCGGAAGCUGAAGCCCGCCCGCGCAUCCAGAAUGCCCGGCGCAAAACCCAUCGCUGCUAGUCGACGUCAGCCCGUGUCUCGAAACGCAGUCUCCGGAACCUCAGGCUCAGAUUACGCCUACGUCGAGGUCAUGGCUUGUCCAGGCGGCUGCACAAAUGGCGGCGGACAAAUUCGAGUUGAGGAUGCCAGGGAGGCCGUCAGUCCCUCCGUGGAUAUUCAGAUGGUGGAUGUUCCAGAAACUUCCACCAAGCCCUCACCUCACGAACAGCGUGCCUGGCUGGCACGCGUGGAUGAGGCAUACUUCUCAAUGGAAUCUGAUUCGGAGAACGAGGCAGACCAUUCUCAGCUACAGUCAAUUCCAGAUAAAGAGACUCAGAUUCACCAAGGUUUGGCCCGCUGGUCAGAGUUCAUGGGAAUCUCACUCGACAAGUUAGUAUAUACAACAUACCGAAAGGUUGAAAGCGAUGUUGGCAAAGAGCAAGUCUCGACAAAUGAGACGGCUAAUGUGGUUGAGCUCGCUGGGAAGAUUGGAGGCGGGUGGUAG